GGCCGCCAUCUUGGGCGGCUGCAGGAGGCGGCGGCCGGGUGGGCGCGCGCGAUCAGCGGCGACGCUGCGGCUCUCCCCCGCCGGCCAUGGCCGGGCAGUUCGACGCGGAGGACCAGGCGAGCUGGUACUGGGGGCGGCUGAGCCGGGCGGAGGCAGUGGAGCUCCUGCAGGGGCAGCGCCACGGCACCUUCCUGGUGCGGGACUCGGGCAGCAUCCUGGGCGACUUCGUCCUCUCCGUCUCCGAGAGCUCGCGCGUCUCGCACUACAUCGUCAACAGCCAGGGCGGGGGCGGGGCGGGGGCGGCCCCCUCGGCGCCCGGGUUGUCGCCUUCUAAGUUUCGGAUAGGUGAUCAAGAGUUUGAUUCGUUACCAGCUUUGUUGGAGUUCUACAAAAUACACUACUUGGACACUACAACAUUGAUAGAGCCUGUUUCAAAAUCAAAGCAUAACAAUGAUGCGCAGCUCAGGCAGGAAGAAGUUGAAUACGUACGUGCUCUUUUUGACUUUAGUGGCAAUGAUGAGGAAGAUCUCCCAUUUAAGAAAGGAGACAUACUGAGGAUCUGGGAAAAGCCCGAAGAGCAGUGGUGGAAUGCAGAGGACGGCGGUGGCAGGCGAGGCAUGAUACCGGUUCCUUAUGUCGAGAAGUAUAAGCCUGCCUCUGCUGCAGUCUCCGCUCCGAUUGGAAGUAACCAGGAUAGUACCGUCCCACAAGCAUUGGGUGGACCAGAACCAGGUCCCUAUGCCCAGCCUAGCAUCAAUACGCCACUCCCCAACCUUCAGAAUGGGCCAAUACUUGCCCGGGUCAUCCAGAAGCGGGUCCCUAAUGCUUAUGACAAGACAGCCUUGGCCUUGGAGGUUGGUGAACUAGUCAAGGUCACCAAGAUUAACAUGAGUGGCCAGUGGGAAGGAGAAUGCAAUGGCAGGCGGGGCCAUUUCCCAUUCACACAUGUCCGGAUGCUGGAUCAACAAAAUCCUGAAGAGGACUUCAGCUGAAAAGGACCCCACUGUUCUGCUUACGGAUGGGAGCAAGCACAUGGAAUUUCGUUGCUGCAGCAAUGGAGACUGUUUCUUGAGAAGUCAAAGUAGGGUUGUUUCUGCCAGCAUUCUGGUAUUGAAGAUGAACUGUCCCUGGGACACAAUACUCAUGAGGUGCUUGUGUUUUCAGGGCACGGCUUCUGUGCCAAGAGUUAGGUCAAAGACAUUACAUUCCCCCCCCCGCCCCCCCGGAGUAGGACGAGAAUGCUACCCAGGUCUGUGGAGCUCAGGCUUUGUCAGUUGCAUGGCUUUCUCUGUAGGUAAUAACCCGAGUGGCUUGGUAGGACACUCACGGCUUGCUAGCCUAAAUAUUCCUCUCUUUGGAUCUGAUAUAUAUUGUAAUUUCUGUCUCAUAACUGCUUGUUGCAAAAUGAGUACACUAUGCAUCGCCCUGGUCUAUUUUCUAAGUGUAUUUUGAUACUGGGAUAGCUGGAGCUUAAUGAUUAUAUUUUGGAUGGUUAGGGCGAAGUUUGCUCAUUAUUGUGAGUUCCAAAAAUUUGUCUUUAGUACAGACAUAGCAAGUAGCUGACUUAAUUUCAGAGGUAGAUGUUAAUGGAUAUUAACUAUUGGUGGAAUGUUAAGCUUCCCUUAAAGUGCAGAGAACUGUGUUCAUUGUACUUUUUUAAUUGCCGACUUAUCUGAGCACUACACUCCAAAGCAUUAGCCAGUUAUAGAGAUGAGUGCCUGAAAAUUUCCUUUUAGUACUUUCUACUUACUCCAUAUAGCAAGGCAAAUAUUGCCAUGAUAAAUGAAAAUGCCAAAUACUUUCUUCAAUAAAUGGUUCCUUUCAAACUAUGGUUCCAUCUGCAAAGCAGUCUGAUGGUGGUUUCAUGAAGAACUUAUUUUUAAUAAACUAAUAAAAAUACUAAAAUGCUUUUGGAUUGAUUCUAAAACCUGAAUAGUUUACACACACAAUAUCUUUCCACUACUCAUGACUUGAACAAAUCAAUUUUUCUACUAACAUUUCCCAGACUGCUUGUUGCCAAGUUUUUUUUUGAUUUAAUAUUGCUAGAAAAAUAACCUUGAACCAACAAGAUUUCCUUUGCUUAUCAAAAUGUGCCUGCCCUGAUAUUCUUCCCAAGAAUGAACUGCAGGUGUGUAAUAUGCCAUCUCAUAUUCCAUUAAUAAAGGAGGGAAACGCCCUUUAGUGCUUAUGCAAUAGUGCCAUUCUGUUCUUGCUUUAAGAAUAUUGAAAUGACUGGAUCCCCUUGUCUGUCAAGGAAGUCCCAUGCAUCCCUCCCACUCCCAAAUAAUCAAUUAGAAUAUGAACAGAGCAGUGCACAGGUCAAUCCUUAUAUUUACAGUUGCAUUACCCAUAAAAGGCUGGGCCUAAGUGUAUUUUGCAGGGGAGUGGGCUGUGGAUCACCUUAGUUAAGUCAACUUUUCAACGUAAUGGGAGAUUGUAGAUCCCAAUUUCUAUGGAUCCACAGAUGGGAAUGGUCUAUUCCCUAGUAAAAUGGUUAUAUCCAUUGGUGACACUAUGCAAAGCACUGCUGCCCAGUGGGUCACCGAGGCUGGGAGACUAGAUUUGUUCUGAAAACCGAGUGCUUGGCACAAAGCCUCAACUACACUUCUCAAGGUCUUAGGAAAGGCAGCAGUGCCACCAGUUGCCUUUUUUUACUUUUAUGGCUUGCUGUGGGAAUUUAUUUUAUGGGAAGUUCAGUAGAGAUUGUAAGAUUUGUUUCCCUGAAAAUGAUUUUUCCGAAACAGAUCCUAAAGUAUUCUUGGAAACCACAGAAUUUCUCCAAUUGAGGUUGGUUGAUUUUCUGUACUCUCGCAGGAAGUACCUCUUAAAGAGAUAUACAGGAGUUUUAUUUAACAGGAUACGCUGCAUUUAAGUAGAAACAUAGUUUAUUAUAAUACAUUUCUGCUUAGGCUCUGCCAAGUUGGCAGCAUUAGAAACACGAGGGCAAUGUUUUUAUUGUAAGUAAUGUUGGAAAUUCGGUGACCAAUUCUGCAAUGUUGAUCCUUCAGAAUUCCUGGAAUGAUACAUAGACCCUGUGCUUUGUUGAAUUUUGACCAGCUAUUGUGAUUUAUAAACCAUAUUGCCUGUAUAUUAUAAAACUAAUCAAUUUUGUUUUAUUCAUUAAACCAUGACAGUAUAGUAUGUAAAACUAUUCAAUGUUCAUGUAUUAUGCUUUGCUUUUGGUUUAAUGUGUGAAUUGUCCCAAUGAAGUUCAGCAAAUUCAGCAAAUCAACUAGAGAAGAGCAAACGUAUUGCAAUAUUCAUAUUUCAACCACUUUAUUUCAGUUUUCAAAGUAUGGUUGCAAUAUUAUCACCCUUUCCUUUCAUCUGGUAUCAGAGGCAUUUCAUGAUUUGCUUCUUACUCGAAUGAAGCAACUGCUUUGCUUGAAGGCCUCCUAGACAGUCCAUUUUGGGUAGUUAACUUUCCCCUGAAUUGGAGUGACCUGCUAUAAGAGCACCACUGGUCACUAUUUUCAUUUUGAGAUGCAUUUUUGCAUAGUAUUACACUACUCAGUUUAAAUGGGAUGUUUUUUUCUAGCUAGUAUUUUAGUCAAACCCAGCAUUUCAUAAUAAAACCUGAUGUGAUCAAAGCUUGUUAAUCUAUUAUAACUGCAAGUAUUUUAAUCAUUUUAAUAACAUGCAGGCAGAGUGAAAAAUGCUAUACACAAAACUAAAGCAAAAGCAUAUAUAAAAUGUGCCCUGUAUUAUAUAACACUACACACUUUCUUGGCAGUUAUUUUUUGUAGCCUGUAAUCAACAUGUGUAUAAUAUGUGGCGUAAAUAAAAAUUGCAAAAGUGGAA